AUUUCAGUACACCCAUAAAGUAGUAUUCACCAUCUUAGCUGACAUCUCAGAAACUAAAUUUAUUAUUACUAAGAUACCCAAGAAAAUGUAAGCAGACUUGCUGAAACUCUAUCCUGGCCAGGUCCCCCCCAAACUCCCUAAAAAAAAUUCUUGCAAUAAAAUAUAACAUACUUCCAUCUUUCGUGUUGACUUUUCCUAAACUGUCAUUAGACUCAACCCGGCAAUGUUACUACUAGGCCUCUGAGCUGCCGCUUCUCUUUUCCCGCUCCUUUGAGAUGACGACUUCCCAAAUCAAAAGACGGCGCACCGUCCAGCAAACCCUCCUGCGCCGGGCCUGCCAGACCCAAGGGUUUGACAAGAGCCAGGAUGCCGUUGAAUAUUCUGAUAGAAAUCAGAACGGAGAAACAGAUUCUAAAGUGGUCCUGUCAUCGGGGCCAACUCAGGAAAGGCCUUCAUCGCGCACGGUGGGUACGCUGCGAAGGGUUCCGGCAGCCGGCACUCCAGCACAGCCAGCUUCGGGGGAAAGGAAAACCGCCGGAAAAAUAACGGGUUGUGAGAAUCUAAGGAAAGCCUUAUCAUCCUCGAGGAAACCUAAGCCAAAUGAUUAUAAUCGAAAUGUAAGCGGACAGCGAUCAGGAUCCACUUCCAGGGGCAGUACAAGAUCUCGAAACAGCUCCUGUGCUUACCCGUCCAAAUGGCUGGUGAAUGUGAGUAGGGAGGAAGCUAUGGACCCCAAUUCCAAGGGAUCUCUAGACGAGAUCACCAAUUGCUCCCUUCUCAAUCAAACUCCCUACGAUCACAAUCUCAAUACACCCCUCAAGUUGGUUAACUCGUGUCAGUGCCCCAUGAAGAACAAGACCCGUCAAAGAAUUUACAAAUCCGCAAACGUUUCUGGGGCCCAAACGCCGGCACCGACCCAAAGUAGUAGCCGAAAUCACUCGUCAGGAGGUAGAACCAACCCCAGAAUUGGAUCCAGCCAGAGUAGCGGAGUCAGGCUGAAGUGCCGAGUCUACAGUGGUGAAGAGGACCGUCAGAAUGUAUGUCCGUCAAAAUCAAACAGUGAGAUCUCAAAUUCAUCCAAAUGUAAAUUAAAUUGUCCCGGAGUUACCUUUAAAAAUUAUGGGGGCUAUAGUCCCUCCGAAACGGAAUGUGAUACAACAGUGGAGAACAAUCAAUGUCAAUGCUCCAAUUCCUACUUAACAAAAAUAGAUAAGGUUAGCAAGCCACCAAAUAUGUAUGAGAAUCCUGAAGUAUGGAGCCUGGAAAUGUCCAGUGCAACGCAAAUACAGGAACAGAAAUGGGUCGAUGAAGAUGGCCACAGUGUUAUUGUGACUCUAUCGGAUUAUAACUCUACUGACGAAAGAAAGUCAAGUACUGAUCGAUGCACAUGCAAAUGUUGUUCAAAAAAACCGAGAAGAGACAGAGACAGUCAUUGCAAAUGCUCUUCAAAGACAACCAGGAGAAAAUGCCCCUCAAAAGAUGAAAAAGUUUAUAGGUGUUCCAGAAGAACUCGAGAUGCUAGCACAUCAUGGUCGAGGAAUUCGUCGCCAUUGGCUAGCAGCGAUUGCAGUGAAAAUGAUUAUAAAAGUUCUUGUAAAAUGCAUCAUGUCAAAAUUACGAAUCUUUGCUGUGAACGAAAAUCGCCAAAAGAAAAGAGUUGCCCUAAGAGGAAAACUUGCAGUGAUUAUGGAUAUAUCCCGACUGAAUGUAAAACCGAUACAACUAAAAACAAAAGACAGGACACAGAACACGGAAUAGGUGGGACCAGUAGAGAUUCCACCAACUGUCCCCACAGGUCAAGGCCUCCAGGUCAUUCUUAUACUAUGGAAUUUGGUCGGGGCUGUUAUAGAACCGGAAACUGUGAAAGAGAAGCAUGUGAAAUGGAGUACGAGUGUAAGCCCAGUGAAGCUAUUUCAAGUAGAAAAUGCACUGAAGCGGUUACCCAGACGUCAGAAAUAAUAAUGACAGAAAUAUGCUCGCCCAACCAUGUGCAAGGUUCCCUCGAAAAAAAUAGAUGCAGUCAAUUAUCAUCAAUACGAAAGCAAGCCAUGAAUACAUCAGUACAUCAUUGCACUAAGGGUACGUCCUGCGAAAGGGAAUUGAAUGUGCAAUAUUUGCAUCUAGAGAAAAAUGGCUCAGUAUCGUUAAAGCAAGAACAAUUUAAAUCAGAACAGAAAUCAAAACCAAAUCAACAAACCAAUUCUUUGAUAUUUGAAUCGAAUCAAAAGGAAAUCCAUUUGGGACGCGGCAAUUCUCUGAAUUCUGCGUGCCCACCGUGCAUGCAAGAAUUGCCUCCUUCGUGUCAUUCUUGCCAACAAGGAUUGUCGAAUUUAUACCAACAGCAUGAUUACCAUAAGCAAUAUGAGAACCUAUCGGAUCAGGAUAUUAAAAACUCUUCCAGUUCAACCGAGUCCAGCCACAAAGAGGCGAAAUAUUGCAAAUGUACAACCCGGAAUCAGUGUAAAAAAUCUCGGAAGUCAAGCAGUAAAUCUCGAAGUCGAAAUCGUUCUUCUAGUGCCAGGAGAAAUAGAACAGUUGAAGAAGAAGAUUGUUCCAAUGACACUUUAUACUAUACAAAGGGAACCAAAUCAUAUGAAUGCUGCAAUUGCAAAAUACUCGAUCAAAAGGAGGACCAAUGCGAUGUUAUUAAAAUUCUUUCUAUACUACAAAAAACUGUGGCUGGUUUGGAAAAUGAAAUUAGGAAGGGAAAGGGAAAGGGAUAUGAGAGUUGCAGGAGUUCAGGGAACGGAAGUCAACCAAAAAGGCUAAAAACCCCUGUCGAUUCAUGGGAGAAAUAUGGUCAAACUAUAAAUAUAGCUCACAAGUCAAGGUCGACUCCACUUUGCCAACAAGAAUUGUCUCCUUCGUGUCCACCUUGCCAAGACGAGGCAGCCACCUCGACUCCAACCUGCAAGCAAGAACUGUGUCCCUCACCUCCACCUUGCAAACAAGAUCAGUCUCUCACGUGUCCACCGUGCCAAGAAGAAUUGUCUCCCUCGACUCCACCUUGCCAAGAAGAAGUGUCGUCCUCAUGUCAAAAAGAGUCGGCAUCUAAUCAGCCUUUCCAGCAAGAACUGCCACCUGCAGGUCCACCUUGCCAACAAGGUUUAUUCCAACAGCAUAUUCAUCGGCCUGGUUUUCCUUCUCCAAAUCAAUUUUCCCAGGCAUAUAAUGAAGCUGUUCCUGUCACUUUUGAAGGACCAAUCAACCCAUAUCCGACUAAUAGUCCUUAUAAAAAUGAAAUGAAUCCAGCUGAUGUUUAUCUGGAAAGAAAGGAUCUGCCUUUAUUCUACAACUGGAAUCCACCUAAUCAAGAAAAUUUAAACAUAUCACAUAGAAACACUCCAGAUCUUGGAACAGCUAGUGGAUCGCCCAGAACAGAACCAAAUUACCCAAGUGCUAUACGGGAACGGAAGGCUCCACUGUAUCCAUCAAUAAAUGAUCCGGAAAGAAUACUUCUCAAUGCAGAUUGGUUUGGGAAUAAUCACCAAUCAGUUGUUGGUCCAGGAAAUCCCUUGACCAGAUCGAAACUAACAGAACGACGAUAUGGAAAAUGUUCAAUGAUUCAAAUAAGAAAUCAGAAUCCAAGCAAUCGAGGAAGAGUUACAUUCCAAGAACAUGACCAUGAGUUUUCCAGAUGUAGUAGAGCUGCUUCCAAUGAAAGUAUAGAUAGCAUUCAAUAUUGUUGCUGUUGUUGUGGAGAAAGGGAGACGGGUCUGGCCAAAAGGAGGCAUAAAUCACCUUGCAAAUGUCAGCAAUAUUCCCAAGAAGUCUAUUAUAAAGAUCCCGAAAUACGGAGUUGCUCUUCUAGCCGCACAAAAAGAAAUAGAAAAGAAAUUGAUUUUGAAGUUUGUGAACUUCCAGGAAGAUUAAAGAGAGCACCAAAGAUAACGAUUCUAUGCAAUAAUCCAAAUUGUCCAGGUAAAUUAAAGAGAGCUUUAGCCGUACCAUGCGAAAUAUCUGAUUCCCAAUGCAGUAUUGUUGUGGGAAGCAGUAUUGAACUUUGUGAGAAUCCCUAUUGCACCGAAAAUAGAAGAAAGCUGUGGCAGUGUGGUGGAUUAGAAAACUAUACUGAAUAUGAAAAGGAAGAAAAUAGUUUCGAGGAAGCUGCCACAGAUACAAGUCAUGAAGACCUUCCUAGUCGUCAAAGAGUUAUCUUUACCGAUGUGACUAACAAAAAAACCCGUUCAGACAGUGGACAAACCGAUAGGUUUGAUGACGAUUCAACAAAGUCCAGGAAACAUAUCAGCAAAAAAAGGUAUCAUCGAUAUGUACCUGUUGAUAAAAUGCCAAUUAACAUCGUCCCGGAAGUGCAGCCACUAAGCUGUACUAGAAACAGACAUAAUCCCUAUCUGAUAGCGAAUCCUCUUCUGAAUAGCUAUGACAAACAUAUUUUGAAUAAUUUUCAAAAAGACAAGAUAGAAAAAUCAAAAGAUCGGGAAUUUGUUAAAGUUGACUGUAGGCGCAAAACUCAGACUCCUCCAAGGGAUUACCAUUACAGUUAUUCAAAAAAAGCAGCAAAAGAAAAUGUCAGGAAAAGACCAAGCAGCCGCCAACCCCCAUCGUAUGAAUGCGACGAGUGCAAAUCUAUAACCAAAUCUUCAGCCUGUAGUUGUUCAAAAAAGUCGCCUAAAGAAAGAACUAAGCCAAACCAAAUGAUGAUUCGACCCCCAAGGGAAACCAAUUGCCUAGACAACCCAAGAUCUUCGCCAUCAACGACUAGUGAAUGUGAAUACCUUUGUUGUAAACAAAGGCAAAUACCUCGUUGUCAGCGGGUACAGCCUGUGGAUUGUUGUUGCAAUGCCUCUCAUAUAUUGGAAAAAGAAAGGCGACGAAAUUGUGAGCCAACUACAUCAAAAUCAAGUGGACUUACCUUAGUUAAGAGGAAAGAAAAACUACCUCCCCCAAAGAAAGAGGAGAAAUCGAAAAAAGAAAGGGGUAAAAAUGUUGAGCGAAACACCUCCAAAUCGAGUGGUUUCUUCUGCUUUAAGAAGAAAGAAAAGCUUCCUCCCCCAAAAAAUGCAGAGAAAUUGAAAAAAGAAACGGGUAAAAAUGUCGACCAAACUACAUCAAAAUCUAGUGUUUUUUUCUGCUUUAAGAAGAAAGAACAGCCGCCUCCUCCUAAGAGUUCGGAGGGUUCUUCAAAAAAGGAUAAAAAAGAUUCACAAAGUCCAAGAACUAAUUCAAAAUCGAGUGUACUUCUCUGCUUUAAAAAGAAAGAAAAAAAUCCCUCUCAAAGUGAGAAUUAUGACAAAAAAGAAAGACGUAGAAAUGUUAAAAAAGAAAAGGAUUCGCAAAGUGAGGAAACAAAAUCAAAAUCGAGUGGGCUUCUCUGCUUUAAGAAGAAAGAAAAACCUCCCCCCGAGCAAAGUGAGAAUUAUGGCAAAAAAGAAAGACACAAAAAUUUUAAAAAUGAAAAGGAUUCACAAAGUCAAAAACCUAAAUCAAAAUCAAGUGGACUUUUCUGUUUUAAGAAUAAAGAAAAACAUCCUGCGCCUAAAAGUGAUGCGAAAGAUUCACAAAAAGAAAGACACCGAAAUUUUGAAAAUGAAAAUGAAUCACAAUGCGAAGAAACUAAAUCAAAAUCGAGCGGACUGGUUUGUUUUAAGAAGAAAAAGAAACCUGAGCAGAUUUGCUGCAAGGAAGAAAUAGGUAAAUAUGUUGAAAAAGAAACUGAGCCAUCAAAGGAAUGUGAGAAAAGGCCAUCCUGGUCAACAGAAUUCCUAGUCUGCAGGCGAAAUUCCAGAAAAAAAGAUAAAAAUGUGAUUCAACAAUGCGAAGAUACAUCAGAAAAGCCGGAAAAAACUAAGAAGCCCUCAUUGCCCAAAUAUUUUAGUUGCUUUAGAGGGCCAAAGACUCAAAAAGAAGGAAACCGAACUGAAGAAUGCUCUUGCUGUGAGGACCAACCAAACCAUCCGUGUGGCCAGGAACAGCACGCCAAUGAAGAAGUUAAAGUCCUAUACGACUCCAGUUACCGUUUCAACCAGGAAAGCUGUAGUUGUGUUGAAAUUAAACAAAUCACAUAUUGCUAUAAUAGUCCCCAAGAAGUUGGAGCGCAGGAGAAGUCGGCAUCGUCUAGAUUGGGGAACAAGGACAGGCAAAAUGAAUGUGCCAAUGGAUUCUACAAAAUUGUGCAAUAACUAUGAUUGAGAAUUUCAACGAAUGCUGAUGCAAAUACUUUGUUAAAGUUC